UAGGACCAGCAUUUCAAACCAAAGAUCCAGAAAAAUUUUUAAAGUUUUUAAAUGACAUUACAGUUCAUGGCGGACAUGAUUGCCCGGAAAUGAGCGUCACAGCGAUCAAAAAAGCUCUAGAACUUAGUCUCCCAGGAUCUGUCAUUUAUGUAUUUACGGACGCGGAGGCAAAAGAUCACCAAAUGCUUGGGGAGGUUGUGCAGUUGAUUACAAGAAAGAAAAUUCGUGUGAACUUCAUUUUGACAGGAAACUGUGGUUUGGAAAAAAAUUUUAAGAGAAGAAAUACUUAUGAAAGAAUCGCAAUCCUGUCUUCAGGACAAAUUGUUAACAUAAACAAAUCUGAUAUUGCAAAGAUUUGGGAUUAUGUUAAGCUAUCCAUUAAUCCAAACCGCAAAAAUAUAUUUUCCGUGGAUAAAUUAUCGAGCGGAGAACGGACGUACUUUAUUCAAAUUGAUCAAUAUAUUGACGUGGUGGUAAUUACAGUCAGUGGCGAGAAUAUAGAGGUGGAAAUAAAGGAUAACACGGGUGAAAUAGUACGCUUAACCGAUAAGAAUGUGGAUGUUUUACUGAACCUACCAUCGGUACUCUCUGUUCUCAUGCGAAAUCCAAAGGAAGGAAACUGGAGUGUUAAAGUUCGCAGUGUUGAAGGCCAAACAUUAAGAGUAGAAGCCAUUAGUGAUUAUUGGGAUGAGAUAAACCAACAGCAUGAAGUGAAUGUUAUACCUAAAGUGAACGAGUGCUCACAAAGAAUUCAUGACUGCGAUCCUCAACAACAAUGUGUUGACUUGCCUUUUGGAUUCAUUUGCAUAAAUAAGUGCAAAACAGGUUUUAAUAUGACUAUCAAAGGACAUUGUAUUGAUAUCAACGAAUGCACCAAUAAUCCCUUUAUCUGUGGGAUAAAAGAAUGUAGAAAUACGAAAGGAAGUUAUCGCUGCUUAGAUGAGUGUCCACGUGGUUUUGCACGUGAUGCCUAUGAUAUUUGUAAAGAUAUCAAUGAAUGUUUAAUAAACCCAUCAAUCUGUGGAGAAAAUGAUUGUUUCAAUAUUGAAAGAAGUUAUCGUUGUCUAAGGAAGUGUUCGCGAGGAUAUAAUCGUAACAGUGACGGUGAUUGCGAAGAUAUCAAUGAAUGUUUGAAAUAUCCGUCAUUGUGCGGAAAAGACGAAUGCUACAACAUUAAAGGAAGCUAUAGUUGCCAAGAAAUUUGCUCGCGAGGAUUUAGACGAUAUAACAAUUCUCAAUGCAUAGAUAUUGAUGAGUGUUUCGAGUCGUCGUUUAUUUGUGGCAACAAGGAAUGUUUUAACGUUGUUGGAAGUUACCGUUGCGUUGAUAAAUGUUCCAAAGGUUACUACCGCAGCGACAAUGGAUAUUGCAAAGAUAUCGACGAGUGUCUUGACGGUUCUAACAAAUGUCAACAUAUGUGUAAAAAUACAGAAGGUGGAUAUAAAUGUUUAUGUCCGAGAGGAAGCAGACUUGCAGCAGAUGAAAGAAAAUGUAUCCGCACAAGAGCAUGUGUGACACGUGAUCAUAGAAGCUGUCAAUACCAAUGUAAUGUUUCAACGGGAAUCUGUGAAUGUCCUGAAGGAUACAAACUGCACUGGAACGAGGCUUCAUGCAUCGAUAUCAACGAAUGCUUUAGUGGAAAACACGCGUGUGGUACUCGAGCUUGUUUCAAUACGUUAGGAAAGUACCAUUGCUUAAAUCUUACAUGUCCACAUGGUUAUUUUCCUACUACUGACGGAUAUUGCACAAUGCAAUGUUUCUACCAAGCCAACCAGUGUCCAGCACGAUACACAAAAGUACAAUAUACAUCCAUAAGUAUCCCACGCUAUUUACCAGUAAACACAGACUUCUUGCACCUUAAACCCUACAUAGUUCCAGUAGGAAGAUCGUCUUUGAACAUUGGUUGUAGGGCAUAUUUCCAUCCACCAAAAGACGUCAACCAUUUGUUUGGUGUAUAUCAGCUUGGUGACUUGGGAGUUUUGUACAACAGAGCUGUUUUCCAUCAACCAGGAUUUUACGAGUUGAGAAUUGUCUCAGAUUAUUUGAAUGGUUUUGGUGAAGUUUUAAGUCGUACUACGUUUUAUGUAUUCGUCGAUGUCGCUUAUUAUACGUUUUAGAUAGGAAAUGAUCUUUUCUUAUCUGCCAUUUGUUAGCAAGAAAAACGAAGAAGAAAGCUGGUUAUGUUUCUGUUUUGGCAAACUACAUGGAUAUUUUUGCUAUCAUCAAUUUUCAUAACACUAUAACAAUCAAUCUAUUUUAAUUUAUGUUUACACAAACGAUAUUUAAGUUUACGUGAUUUGAAACAUUGCAACACACCAUUAACGAUUACAUUUCGACGUCAAAGAAAUAAAAUUUCCAUUGAAAAUAAA